CCAGGGCAGAUGUCCCAGCUGAGCCUGUCCUGGCUGGACCUGGUCCCAGGGGCCGCCUCCCCGUGGCUGCUCCUGCUGCUCAUCGCGACCUCCUGGCUGCUGGCACGCAGCCUCAACUGGGCCUAUGCUUUCCAACAAAAUUCUCGCCGCCUGCAAUGUUUCCCACAGCCUCCCAAACGGAAUUGGUUCUUGGGCCAUAUGGGACAGGUCCCCCCCACGGAACAAGGCCUGAGAGAAGUGACACGGCUGGUCACCACCUACCCCCAGGGCUUUCUGAGCUGGCUGGGCCCCGUCAUCCCACUCAUUACUUUGUGCCACCCUGACAUUGUCCGACCUGUCUUGAAUGCCUCAGCGGCCUUUGCACCCAAGGAUGUCAUCUUCUACAGCUUCCUGAAGCCAUGGCUGGGGGACGGGCUUCUGCUGAGCACCGGGGGCAAGUGGAGCCGCCACCGCCACAUGCUGACGCCCGCCUUCCAUUUCAAUAUCCUGAAGCCCUACAUGAAGAUUUUCAACAAGAGUGCAAAUGUUAUGCAUGCGAAGUGGCAGCGCCUGGCCUCUGAGGGGAGCACCCGUGUGGACAUGUUUGAGCACAUCAGCCUCAUGACCCUGGACAGUCUGCAGAAAUGCGUCUUCAGCUACGACAGCAACUGUCAGGAGAAGCCCAGUGAAUACAUUGCCGCCAUCUUGGAACUCAGUGCCCUGGUGGCCAGAAGGCAACAGCAGAUCCUCAUACACCCGGACCGCCUGUACUCUCUCACCUCUGACGGACAGCGCUUCCACAGGGCCUGCCGCCUGGUGCACGACUUCACAGACGCCGUCAUCCAGGAGCGACGCCACACCCUCCCUCGUCUAGACAUUGAGAACUUCCUCAAGGCCAAGGCCAAGACGAAGACUUUGGAUUUCAUUGACGUGCUCCUGCUGACCAGGGAUGAAGAUGGGAAGGCGUUAUCAGAUGAAGACGUAAGGGCAGAGGCAGACACUUUCAUGUUUGAGGGCCAUGACACCACAGCUAGUGGUCUCUCCUGGAUCCUGUACAAUCUCGCGAAGCAUCCAGAAUACCAGGAGCGCUGCCGGAAGGAAGUGAGAGAGCUCGUCAAGGACCGGAAACCGGAAGAGAUUGAGUGGGAUGACCUGGCCCAGCUGCCUUACAUGACCAUGUGCAUUAAGGAGAGCCUGCGUUUACAUCCUCCCGUCACGGUCAUCUCCCGCCGCUGCACCCAGGAUGUGCCACUCCCGGACGGCCGCGUCAUCCCCAAAGGAAUCAUCUGCCUCAUCAGCAUUUUUGGGACCCACCACAAUCCAACUGUGUGGCCGGACCCCGAGGUCUAUGAUCCCUCCCGCUUCGAGCCAGAGAAAGUCAAGGACAGGUCGCCCCUGGCUUUUAUCCCCUUCUCAGCAGGGCCCAGGAACUGCAUCGGGCAGGCGUUCGCCAUGGCCGAGAUGAAGGUGGUGUUGGCGCUCACGCUGCUGCGCUUCCGCAUCCUGCCCGACAGUGCUGAGCCGAGUCGCAAGCCGGAGCUCAUCCUGCGUGCGGAUGGCGGGCUGUGGCUGCGGGUGGAGCCGCUGGUCGAGGGACAGUGA